AUGGCCACCGCAAGAGAUAUCCGUCCUCGUCAGGACGAAACCGCCCACCUCGCUACCUCCCCCAACGCUUCCUUCCACUCUCCCUCCAGCCACAGCUCCGUCCUAGGCCGCACAGUUCCAGUCGUCAACGCCAAGCACCUGAAGCCAUUCGCCACGGAAGAUAUCAAGGUCUUGCUUCUCGAGAAUGUCAACCAGACCGGUCGUGAUAUGCUCUCCCAGCAGGGCUACCAGGUCGAAUUCUUGAAGUCUUCGCUCCCCGAAGAUCAGCUCAUUGAAAAGAUCCGUGAUGUCCACGUCAUUGGUAUUCGCUCGAAGACGAAGCUCACCGCACGCGUCUUGAAGGAGGCUAAGAACCUCAUCGUCAUCGGUUGCUUCUGUAUCGGCACCAACCAGGUUGACCUCCAAUAUGCUGCUGAACAGGGUAUUGCGGUCUUCAACUCCCCCUUCAGCAACUCCCGCAGUGUCGCCGAGUUGGUCAUUGGUGAGAUUAUCAUGCUUGCCCGUCAAUUGGGUGAUCGUUCCAACGAGAUGCACAACGGCACCUGGAACAAGGUGAGCAAUGGUUGCUGGGAGAUUCGCGGAAAGACCCUCGGUAUCAUUGGAUACGGCCACAUCGGUGCCCAGCUGUCGGUAUUGGCUGAGGCCAUGGGAAUGUCGGUGAUCUACUACGAUGUGCUCAACAUUAUGUCUCUCGGCACAGCUCGCCAGGUCGACACUCUGGAUGAUCUCAUGUCCGAGGCUGAUUUCAUCACCUGCCACGUGCCCGAGAUCCCCGAGACCAAGGGCAUGAUCGGGCCCCACCAGUUUGAGAAGAUGAAGAAGGGAAGCUAUCUGAUCAACGCUAGCCGUGGAACUGUUGUCGAUAUCCCUGCGCUUAUCGAUGCCAUGCGCAGCGGUAAGGUUGCCGGUGCCGCUCUGGAUGUGUACCCCAACGAGCCUGCCGGAAACGGUGACUACUUCAACAACGACCUGAACGCCUGGGGAGCUGAUCUCCGCUCGCUCAAGAACCUGAUCCUCACCCCUCACAUUGGUGGAAGUACCGAGGAGGCUCAGAAGGCUAUCGGUGUGGAGGUUGCCCAGGCUUUGGUUCGCUAUGCUAACGAGGGUUCGACCCUGGGUGCUGUCAACAUGCCCGAGGUUGUCCUCCGUUCUUUGACUAUGGAUGAGCCCAACCACGCUCGUGUAAUCAACGAGAUCAUUGGUGACCACAACGUCGACAAGCAGAUGACCGAUAGCAGAGGCGAUGUUGCCUACCUGAUGGCCGAUAUCAGCAACGUCGACACUGCCACCAUCAGAGACUUGUAUAACAGACUCGAGAGCCUUCCUUCUCGCAUCAUGACCCGUGUGUUGUACUAA